AUGAUUGCAAAUAUUAUGUAUAUGACCUUGGAGCAAUCUGCUGAGGAGAAGCGCCCGAAGAUCGGAAAAUCGAGAAGAAAUCGCAAGCAGCGCAAAAGACGCCAAGAGCGCGUAAAUAAAUGGAAGAAGGCAUUGCGACAUGUCAGAUUCGUUGACAGCGCCUCAGGAAAUGCUAGACGAUCGCCACUCCGUGAAGCUGCAAGAAACGGACAAUGCGACCAUGCAAAUACGAUCAAAGACAGACCUGAGGUUGCGAAAGACGCAAAAGGUGGAGUCGUCGAUGCAAUUGACUUCCAGAAAGCGUUUUCCAGCGUUCUUGAUCAAUUUGAAGUAAUACAUAUUGGUAUGGAAGAAGCCUAG